GGUAGUGUGUGCAGUUCGGUUGUGGCUAUGACGUGCUGAGUGCCCACUGGAGUAAGUGUCGCUUACAGGAAUCCAGGACGAGUGGUACAGAUAUCGCCGAGAGAGUGAGGCUUGCAGACACAGUCUUAUGACUUUGUUCAGCCGGGCAUGAGAAAGAACGGGAGACAGGGGGAAAAGUGAGCCAGUGGGAUAUUGCAUCUUUGAUCCUGGCAGAAUCAAAGCUCACGAUAAGCAUCAUCAUGUGUUCCCUCUCAAUCCUCAACUUGUUACUGUACUUGCUGUUCACCGUGAGAAGGGCCUGUCCUUUUCAGGACUCCAUCAGGCAACUGAACACAGAGUUUGCUCGAAACCUUUACCGAAAAUUGACAGAGGGCGAGGAAUACCGCAACAUCAUCAUAUCCCCAGCAGGGGUCAGUAUCGCACUAGAACUGCUACAGUUGGGAGCGAAAGGAAACACCUUCAUGCAGUUGGAAAACGCAUUGGGAUACACUGUUCACGACGCGGGGGUACGACGUUUCUUGCAGAGUGUUUACGGGGACCUGGCAAACUCCACUCUCAGCCCCGCAGUCCGAGUCGCCUGCGGCCUGUUUGUGGAGGCCGGCAUGCAGCUUUCUUCACCUUUCUCGGACGACACAGCUGCCUGGCUAAACGGAAGCUUACACCGAGUGAAUCUCGGCAAUCCCAACGAAACGGCAAUGCUGAUCAACAAGUGGGUCACCACCGAGAGCCAAGGUGAAAUUAAAGAUUUCAUGCCACAACCCAUGGCAAGUGCAUCACUUACACAGAUUGCAGUUAUUAGCACCAUGUAUUUUAAAAGCACGUGGGAGAAUCCAUUUUCAACAUUGCAGACCCGGCAGCUCUCAUUCACCAGGGCAGAUGGCUCUGUCAUUAAAGUGCCCAUGAUGUAUCAAACCUCAGCAGUAAACUAUGGCCAAUUUAAGACUGGGAGUAAUCAGAGGCUUAAAGUGAUUGAACUCACCUACCUGGAACAUGCAGUAAGCAUGCUCAUUGUCAUUCCCAGUGAAAGAGAAAACCCCAUCUCCUCUGUAGAACCACAAAUCACAGCUCACACACUGUCAGCAUGGACAAAUAGCAUGAGAAGAAUGAAAAUGGAAGUUUUCUUACCCAAAUUUAAAGUUCAAAGUAAGUUCAACCUUAAGACGGUACUGACCACUCUGGGAAUCACUGACAUUUUUGAUCCUACCAAAGCAGACUUCAGUGGAAUUUCUGAGCAGGAGAAGCUGUUUGUUUCUGAAGCUAUCCAUGAAGCAAAAAUAGAAGUAACAGAGGAUGGCACCGAAGCAGCAGCUGCUACAGCUGUGGUUUUAUUGAAAAGGUCUCGAGCCCUGGCUUUUAAGGCUGACAGGCCAUUUUUCUUUCUCCUGCGGCAGACCACAGGAAGAAUUCUUUUCAUGGGCCGAGUAAUGGAUCCUCUCGAGUAAAUACAUUUCCAAGUGUUUUACUCCUCCUGGUCUGAAUU